GACGGGCGUUCCUCCAAUGAGGUGGUUCUAGGCGGGAAGACAGCGUUGAGAAGUAAGGUGUCUGCUCAGGGCCAUAUUCAGUAGUAGCCGCUAGUUGCCAUCAUGCCGCCAACCGGCCGCGAGCUGUUUCAGGCCCGGGUCAAGGAGCUGAUCGACAGCAACCGGGUUAUGGUGUUCAGCAAGAGCUACUGUCCCUACUGCGACCGGGUAAAAGACCUUUUUUCCUCUCUGGGUGCAGAGUACCACUCCCUGGAACUGGAUGAGUGUGAUGAUGGUGCCGCUAUCCAGGAAGCGCUGCAUGAAUUGACCGGACAAAGAACUGUUCCCAAUGUCUUUGUAAAUAAAACGCAUGUUGGAGGCUGCGAUAAGACACUUCAGGCUCAUAAAGAUGGAUCACUGGCGAAAUUGCUGGAUGACAACACUGUGACCUAUGAUUAUGAUCUUAUUGUAAUUGGAGGAGGAUCGGGUGGCCUUGCAUGCUCAAAGGAAGCCGCAUCAUUUGGCAAAAAAGUGAUGGUUCUUGAUUUCGUUGUACCUACACCUCAGGGAACAUCGUGGGGUCUUGGUGGUACAUGUGUAAAUGUUGGCUGCAUUCCUAAAAAACUGAUGCAUCAAGCUGCAAUUCUGGGGCAGUCGUUGAAAGAUUCACGAACGUUUGGUUGGGAAUACGAGGAUCAAGUUAAACACAACUGGGAAACGAUGAGAGAGGCAAUUCAGAACUACAUCGGCUCACUAAACUGGGGUUAUCGAGUGGCACUGAGGGACAAACAAGUUCGGUAUGAAAAUGCUUAUGGGGAAUUCGUUGAAUCUCACAAGAUAAAAGCCACCAACAAGAAAGGAAAGGAAUCUUUCUUCACAGCAGAAACAUUUGUUGUGGCAACAGGAGAAAGACCCCGGUAUUUGAAUAUACCCGGUGAUAAGGAAUACUGCAUUACAAGUGAUGAUCUAUUUUCCUUACCUUACUGCCCUGGAAAGACGCUUGUUGUAGGUGCUUCCUAUGUGGCUUUGGAGUGUGCGGGAUUUCUUGCUGGCAUUGGGUUGGAUGCAACAGUCAUGGUGCGAUCAAUAUUGCUGCGUGGUUUUGAUCAAGAGAUGGCAAAUCGAGCUGGUGCUUACAUGGAAACUCACGGAGUAAAAUUCAUCAAGCAGUUUGUACCAAUCAAGGUGGAAUUGCUGGAGGCGGGAACCCCGGGGAGGCUAAAAGUUACAGCAAAGUCGACACAAGGUGACCAGAUCAUCGAGGAUGAAUACAACACUGUAUUAAUUGCUGUUGGGAGAGAUGCCUGCACCAGAAAUAUCGGCCUGGAGACGAUUGGGGUUAAAGUAAAUGUAAAGAAUGGCAAGAUACCGGUCAGUGAUGAAGAACAAACCAGUGUGCCUUAUGUCUAUGCUAUUGGCGACAUCUUGGAUGGAAAAUUGGAACUAACUCCUGUAGCAAUCCAAGCUGGACGACUGUUGGCUCGGAGAUUAUACAGAGACUCCAAAGUGAAGUGUGAUUAUGUCAAUGUUCCAACAACGGUGUUCACUCCUCUGGAGUAUGGCUGCUGCGGCUACUCUGAAGAAAAAGCCAUUGAAAUUCAUGGGGAAGAAAACUUAGAAGUUUACCACACUUUAUUUUGGCCUCUUGAAUGGACUGUUCCCAGUCGGGACAACAAUACCUGUUUUGCCAAGAUAAUUUGCAAUAAACAGGAUAAUGAUCGAGUCAUUGGUUUCCAUGUACUGGGUCCAAAUGCUGGAGAAAUCACUCAAGGCUUUGGUGCAGCAAUAAAGUGUGGGCUAACCAAAGAAAAGCUUGAUGAGACCAUUGGAAUCCAUCCUACAUGUGCUGAGGUAUUUACUACCAUGGACAUAUCCAAAUCCUCAGGAGGAGACAUUACCCAGAAGGGCUGCUGAGGUUAAAUCCUGCUGUUAACUGAUCCCUAUAUCUUCUCUCCUGUGAAGCCAGUGCACUAACCAAGCUCAGGUAGAAUUAUUGGCACA